AUGAGACAAUUAUUUACUAUUAGUGGGCGAUAUGCUGCCACUGAAGAUGUAUCGAUUACAUCGCAGGUAUCCGGUUUAUCAUGGGAUACACGUUUGAAAGGUUUUGGAAUUUGUUUACUUAUUUGUGUUGUACUCGGAAUAAUUGCAACGAUUGUUUAUUUUACUGGUGGUAGCUUAUCUGGUUUUGCUAUUCUUUAUAGUUUAGCAGUUAUUUUCGGUCUUGGAUCUACGCUUUUCUUGAUGGGUCCAAUGAAUCAAUUGAGAAAAAUGUUUGAUUCUUCACGAUUUAUUGCUACCAUAGUUUUUCUCAUAUGCGUUGCAAUGACACUUGUAUCAGCGAUUGCUAUUAAGGUACCUGUUCUAGUACUUUUAUUUGUGAUACUUCAAUUUCUUGCUCUUCUUUGGUAUACACUUAGUUACAUUCCAUAUGCACGAAAUGUGAUCAAAAGUUGUUGUGGAGCAUUAAUGCGUGGUUAA